GGGAGACGUGGGCAGGCGGGGGGUGGGGGGAGCGACACGAGUGGCGGAGAAGAGCCGAGGACAAACAAAAGCACAGCCGUGGGUGCCGAGAGCCAUGAGCGGCUGGCGCUGCUCUGUAGAGCCGAGGCCGCUGCCGCUGCUGCCGCUGCCGCUGCCGCUGCUGCUCGCCCCGCCGGCGACGUGCUGAGGUGUGGCCCCAAACGCCCGCAGUUCUGUCCGCCGCAGCGACGCGCGCAGGAGGGCCGGCCUGCUAGGGGAAAACAUGUCCGCCUCGGUGGGGCCCCAAGGCGGCCCUCGCCCACCCACCGUGCCGCCAUCCAUGCCGGAUCUGCCGGACCUCAGCCACCUCACCGAAGAGGAAAGGAAAAUCAUCAUGGCAGUGAUGGUUCGGCAAAAGGAGGAAGAGGAGAAGGAAGAAGCGAUGCUAAAAACACUGCACCAGCAGUUUGAAAGCUACAAACAGGAGGUGCGUCGCAUCGGGGCAGAGACACGGCGCCAGCAGGCCCAGCAGAAAGACGACGCACCCACCUGCGGGAUCUGUCGCAAGACCAAGUUUGCUGACGGCUGUGGCCACCUCUGCUCCUACUGCCAGACCAAAUUCUGCGCCCGCUGUGGGGGCCGCGUCUCCCUGCGCUCCAACAAUGAGGACAAAGUGGUAAUGUGGGUAUGCAACCUGUGUCGUAAGCAGCAGGAGAUACUCACCAAAUCAGGAGAAUGGUUUUCAGGACCGGGGGCGCAGCCUGCGAGCUUAGGCGCCGCCCUGAAAGACCCGGCCGCGGGGGGUGAGGCCCCACGAGACAAGAAGCUUCUCCGCUCCAGGUCCCAGGCCCCUCGCUCCAGCACUAACGCCAACGUCGGGCAGCCAGACGGACCACAGCCCCCAACUGGGGCCCCUGCAGCCAAGGGUGCUGACAACAUGCCAGCUUCACGCUCUCACAGUGAACCGCCUCGAGAAAAGAGAAGACCUGUGUCUCUGCAUGAGCAAAAUGGUAAAGCAAGCAUGGGACGCGGAAGUGGCCGGAGGCCGCCGGGGAAGGUGCCAUCUCAGUCUUCCCUGGAUGGCACUGGGGAAAGAGGAGGAGAGAGAAGAGGAGGUGACAGCCGAAGGCUGGAGAAGAUCCGUUCCCAGGACUACGAGGAUGGGGAUGAAGACAUGAUACGGUCAGAAAAGCACCGGAGACGACCAGAGGAGGAGGAACGCGAACGGGAGCAGAGGGAGCGCCAGCGCCGUGAAGAAGAAUUUCAGACGCGUUACCGUAGUGACCCCAACCUGGCGCGCUACCCAGUCAAGCCACAGAAAGAGGAGCAAGAAAUGCGCAUGCAUGCUAAGGUGUCCAAGGUCCGCCACGAACGACGCCAUAGUGACCUGGCAAUCAACGAGGUUGGGCUGGGGCCCAAUGAAGGUGGAGGAAGCAAUGCAGGGGAAGUGCCUGAAAACCGUCUAGGCAGGAGGGGGGGCAGUGGGGAGGUAGAUCGUAAGACUGUCUUGGAUAAUCACCGAACUUACUCUGUAGACAGGACAGUGGGAGGUGGCGGGGGAACUCCAUCAGUCGGAAGUGGACCAAGAUUAGGGUCUCGCCCUGGAGGUCCAGAUCCUCCAGACUGGGGUCCGAAUAAGGGCCGGCUAGAGACCAGCAUGACCGGGACAGCGAGAGAUAAAGGAAGGGAGGGCCUGCUGAGAAAGGAUUCACAGAGCUCGGACCAGUCGGAGUCUUUGCGGCCGCCCCCUCCACGGCCCUACAAGAGCAAGCGUGCUGUAAACAAGAGGCAGAUGUCCAUCAGCAGCUCAGAGGAGGAGGGUGGCUCCACGCCGGAGUACACCAGCUGUGAGGACGUUGACAUGGAGAGUGUCAGCGAGAAAGGUGACUGGGACUGCUAUCCUCUAGAUCCUGCUGUAUGGCAUCACCCAGUCACAUGGCAGCCCUCCAAAGAGGGUGAUCACCUAAUAGGACGCAUCACCCUGAGCAAGAGGUCGGCCAUGCCCAGAGAGGCUGGCUCCCUGCUGGGGCUGAAGGUUGUUGGAGGGAAAAUAACAGAGACGGGCAGACUAGGGGCUUUCAUUACUAAAGUCAAGAAGGGAAGCCUGGCAGAUGUUGUGGGACAUCUAAGAGCAGGUGAUGAGGUGCUGCAGUGGAACGGGAAGUCAUUGCCAGGAGCGACCAAGAAAGAGGUGUACAACAUCAUCCUGGAAUCCAAGGCUGAGCCUCAAGUGGAAAUUGUGGUUUCUAGACCUAUAGGCUCUAUCCAUCGAAUUAUAUCCAAAAACUUCUUGAGAAAAGUGUAUAGAGCAUAUCAAGAUACCCCAAGAAUCCCAGAAUCCUCCCACCCUCCUCUAGAAUCUACGGGCUCCAGUUCAUUCGAGUCUCAGAAAAUGGACCGUCCCUCUAUAUCUGUGAUGUCUCCUACCAGCCCCGGAACCCUUCCCAUCCCUGUUGUACUGCCUGGACAGCUCUCUGUGAAGCUGUGGUACGACAAAGUGGGCCAUCAGCUGAUCGUCAAUGUCCUUCAAGCCAUAGACCUGCCCCCCCGUCCAGACGGACGACCUCGAAACCCCUAUGUCAAGAUGUACUUUCUACCUGACCGGAGUGAUAAGAGUAAGCGACGGACCAAGACGGUUAAAAAGAGUGCCGAACCCAAGUGGAACCAGACAUUCCUUUAUUCUCACGUCCACCGGCGGGACUUUCGAGAGCGCAUGUUGGAAAUCACGGUGUGGGACCAGCCCAGAGCACAGGAGGAGGAGAGCGACUUCCUGGGAGAGAUCCUUAUAGAGCUGGAGACAGCUCUGCUGGAUGACAAACCUCACUGGUAUAAGCUCCAAACCCACGACGUGUCCUCUCUACCUCUGCCCCAACCAUCGCCCUACCUCCCGCGGAGACACGUCCAUGGAGACAGCCCUGGCAAGAAACUGCAGAGUACCGAGCGUAACUCCAGGGAGAGAGAGAGAGGCAGCACCUUGGCCGUCCCAGAGCAGCAGAGGCCAGUACAGCACCGCUCUCGUUCAGUAUCUCCUCACCGAGAGGACUCAUGUAGGGCACGUUCACGACCCGCCCAUGUGCCCAUGCAGAGGAGUUUGGAUGAGAUCCACCAAAAUCGCCAUCACUCCCACUCCCCCUCCCGUUACCAUGACUCCCACCUGGAAUACCAGCGCUCCGGCGACUCGGACUACGAGUACUCCGAGGACAGUGAGGUCCUGGAGAUGCACAGGUCUAUCCGGGGCGGGAGUGCCGAGUGCCUGCACACCAACAGGGGCAUAGGUAGACACAGCAACACACUCCCCCCUAAAAUGCCCCUGUUAGUAAACGGUAUCCAUAAAGACAUUUACAGCUCCACCCUCCCUGCAUGCCUAAAGACCAAGCCACCCUGUAAGCGGGAGGGGGGCGGCACCAUGCCCCGUAGUGUCCUUACACACCGCGUGCUCAGGUUCACUGACGAAGUCACGGUUAGCGACCUGCAGCCGUCGUUGGACAGAGUGAGGAGUGCCAGCACCACCUGUCUGAGACCAGACUCCAACUUCCACUCCCCCGAUAGAGACAGGUACAUUUCAUAUGCACAUAUACGACCCCCUCCCCCCCGCAGGAUCGUAGUAGAACUUGCCUCCCCUAUGGAAGACAGGCAGUCAGGCAGCGCGGCCAGGCCCAGCUGUCCAGCAGGCAGCAAGAGAGGCCUGGAGGCCGACAGUUUUCUUCAUCCUCUGUGUCUGCCUGCUGACGGCAGCUGCAUCCAGCCCACCUCUAUCCUGAGGGGCAGUAGGGGGAGAGAGGGUCCGCUCAGGCCCUUUGGUCAGACGGCCCUAGCUGGGUCCUGCCCCAGCUCGCCACGGUCAGACAGAACACACCCCCAUGGUAGCCCUUCCCCGCCGAUGGGAACGCACUCGUCAGGCCGCAGGGGCCGGCAGCUGCCACAGCUACCUGCAGAGAGCAGCAGCAUAGAACAAGCCCUUGCGGUCGAGGAACGAGCCCGACAGCUGCAGAUGAAAGUACAUUCCAACAGGCCUUCUGCUUCCCAUGACCCAGAGACGGACCUCAAGACCAAACGGGAGAUGUAUGCUGAACAGAGGCGUAGCAGCGACAACAUGUCAGCCAGGUCGUCAGACAGCGACAUGAGUGACGUGUCAGCCCUCUCCCAUGCCAGCAGUGCCUCUCGCCUCAGUAGCACAAGCUACAUGUCCAUCCAAUCAGAACGACCCAGGGGCCGGCUCAGGUCCAAAUCAUUAGAGGAGGAGAAGAAGGACAGAAGGAUCUCAUGGGGGGUAAAUGGGACAGAGGAGGAGAGGAGGAGGGCAGCAGGGAAGAGGCGUUUCUCUGAAGAGUUGAGGCGCAGGAGGCACACGGUGACCGGAGACACGAGGGAGUCCAGUCGGCAGAUGCGCGCGGCGGGUCGGAGCAUGCUCAAGAGCUCCAGCGUCAGCGGCGAGAUCUACACGCAGGAGCGCACCGAUGGCAGCCAGUCAGACACGGCGUUGGGCACCGUGGGCAGCGGUAACAAGAAGAGGCGCUCCAGCCUCAGCGCCCGGGUGGUGGCCAUCGUCGGAAACCGCCGCAGCCGCAGCACCUCCCAGAUCAGCUGCCCCGAGGGGAAGAGUAAGAAGGAGAAGGGUGCACCCAUCCAGAGAAGCACGGAGACAGGCAUGGCGGUAGAGCUGACUCGGAAUAUGAGCCGCCAGCCCAGCAGAGAGUCCAACAAUGGCAGCAUGAACAGUUACAACUCUGAGGGAAAUUUAAUCUUCUCUGGAGUGAAUCUGGGGGCCAACAGUCAGUUCAGUGACUUCCUGGAUGGCUUGGGACCGGCACAGUUAGUGGGCAGGCAAACCCUGGCAACACCUGCUAUAGGUGAUAUCCAGAUCGGCAUGAUGGACAAAAAGGGCCAGCUGGAGGUUGAGGUUAUUAGAGCACGGGGACUCGUACAAAAGCCAGGAUCGAAAUCUCUCCCCGCACCGUAUGUCAAGGUCUACCUGCUGAAUAAUGGGGCGUACGUCGCCAAAAAGAAAACCAAGAUUGCACGGAAAACACUUGACCCGCUGUACCAGCAAGCACUGCUUUUUGAGGAGAGCCCACAGGGUAAAGUCUUACAGGUGAUUGUCUGGGGGGACUAUGGGCGCAUGGACCACAAAAGCUUCAUGGGAGUUGCACAAAUCCUAUUGGAGGAACUGGACUUAACAAGCACAGUAAUCGGUUGGUACAAGUUGUUCCCGCCUUCCUCCUUGGUGGAUCCUACACUAGCCUCCCUAACUCGACGAGCUUCCCAGUCGUCCCUCGACAGCUCCUCCGGGCCCGCCGGGGUCAGAUCCUAGUGGACCAAUAGCACUGAGUCAUUUAGUGAAUAACAAACUUAAUGAAACGUACUGUAGAGAAAACAAAAAAAAAAUGGCAGAAAUGUAGAACAACAAUAAUCGGAAUCAGAGUCACACUGAGAAAGCUUUGUUGAGAUCUGACAAUCACUCCUGUCUUGUUUAAUUUUGGCCGUUUCGAAGAGCGCUGCGUUUCGAUAAUUCAUUUCCAUUGUUUUUUCUGUGUCUACUGAAAAACUAGGGCUGUUAGGUAAC